ACACAAACAAUAAAUAAGAGAGAGAAGGGUAUUGCAUGCCAUAUUAAUGGAGUCUACAAAGAAUUUGCUGCCACUAUCUAAUGAUAUGAAAGAGAGCAAAGAAACAGAAGAACAUAAAGUUCCAACCAUGACAAGAAAAGGAGUUUAUACUGCUUUAUCGUACAUGACUUCUUCAGUUCUUUUGGUCAUGUUCAAUAAAGCAGCUCUCACUUGUUACAAUUUUCCAUUUGCAAAUGUCAUCACACUUUCUCAGAUGGUGUGUGCAUUUGUUAUUCUCUAUGUGUUGAAAUCCUUCAACAUAAUUUCUCUCACAACUGAAUCCCAGAACAGCUCUAAGUCUAAAAACUCAAUAUUAUUUGUGCCCUUCACUACAUUAGUCCACACAUUUCCUCUAGCAAUAACAUAUUUGUUGUUCAUGGUGGUGACCAUGGAAGCUGUGCGUGGCAUUAAUAUUCCAAUGUACACCACUCUUAGAAGAACUACUGUGGCAUUCACAAUGAUCAUGGAGUAUUUUCUAUCCGGAAAGAAACAUUCAAUCUUUGUUCUUGGAAGUGUUGGGAUAAUCAUAGCUGGUGCUUUGGUUGCUGGAGCAAGAGACUUAUCAUUUGAUGCUUAUGCAUAUUCAGUUGUUUUCAUAGAAAACAUGUGCAAAGCAGUGUACCUUGCUUCUAUCUCUCGUGUUGGUAAAGCUAGUGGUCUUAAUAUAUUUGGUCUUGUAUGGAGCAAUGUGUUAAUUUGUGGACCAAUGUUGUUUUUUUGGUCCUUGCUUAGAGGUGACCUACAAUCAACACUCAACUUCACAUACUUGCUCUACCCUGGAUUUCAGGUUGUGAUGAUUCUGUCAUGUGCUUUUACUUUCUUUAUAAACUACAUUGUGGUUUUGAAUACAACUGUCAACUCAGCACUUACACAGGCAAUUUGUGGUAAUUUAAAGGAUGUUUUUACUAGUGGUUUUGGAUGGAUAAUAUUUGGAGGACUUCCAUAUGAUUUGGUAAACACAAAUAAAUCCCUUUGGGAACUUAAAAUCUUCAUUGGUGAUUUAUUUACAUUAUUCACUUCCUUUCAUGUUAAACUACUUAUUAUGUAUUAUGUUUUGUUGUCAUGCAGUUCAAUGUUCUUGGUCAAUCACUUGGCUUCUUUGGGUCCUGUUUGUAUGCCUAUUGUAAGAUACAAGGAAAAUGAAGACAAGUUUCAUUUUGAGAUCAGACACAGAAUCUGGAUUUCUCUUCCAAGUUUUUCAUAUAUAGUCUACAAAAAAGACAAAUUUUAAAUUUUUAGUUGAGCUGUGAAGGUAGAAUGGUGCCGGUUUGUUUAUACCAUGCCCCUUCAGAUUUUGUUCUCCAGGUUUUACGUUUUGUUGAAGGGGCUACUAUCUCUAGGAAAAUCAGCAUUCGUCCUAAAACUUAUGAAAAAGGUUCUGAUCCUAAGAUUAAUGAUUCUUCUCACACUGCAACCCCUCUAAGCAGUAGCUUGGUAUUUCCUAA